CAAAAAAUAUUGAUCGUGAAAGCUUAAACACUCUUAAAAAGAUAUUGUUUUAACAUCUUGUAGCUUGUGCUUGAAAAUCAGAAACAACUCUGAAAAAUUGGAAAUAUUGAAUACUAAGGCAAAUUUUAAACUUGAUUUUGUAUGGAUUGAAACUAUUUACAUUCUUUGUUACCAAAUUUGGCUGGAUCUGGAGUGCUGGAGUGCUAAAGGAAAUCUUGAACUUAGGAGACUUCAAGGUCACUGGAUAGGGAAUCUGAAGGAUUGUAGGUUGUCUAAAUAUUGUUGAAAGUUUCCCCAAAAAUAAUAUAUAAAACAUUUAUUUAAUUUUACAUAUAUAUAUAUUUUUAUAUUUACCUUAAGCACGAUCGCACGAGCUAGGGCCGAAGCCCUUUACAUAUAUUUUUCAUAUGCAAUUCCUUGUGUUUAGUUGACUAGCUCGCUACACUUCAAAAUCACAGUAUUCAGAGGUGAAGAGUAUAAUCGAAGGCUACUGGAAACAGGUUAAUCGGGAUUUCGAGGGCUAUCAUUUCUGUGCUGCCUGUAAUCUGAGCAUCGUGAUCAUAAUGAGGCAUAAAACGAGGUGUCCUAAGGUGCGCACUGUCCAUCGUUCAUUCUUCGAUAGGCUGAUACUUCCGAGGGUUGAGCAAUACGCCAUUAACCACGACGUCCACGACCUCGACGCCACUGUUAAUUAUCUCAGAACAAAUUACCGCGAGUACAGACGUCACAAAGAAGACCCCUUUCGUAAAAUAGUUCUCCGCGCCAUCCAAACCCUCCAACAUAACAGUAAUCAUCAAAAGAGAAAGUGCAACAGCCUCCAUGAAGAGGAGGAAGAGGAGGAGGAGGAAGAUGAGGAGGAGGAGGAAGCAUCAUCAUCACGAGAAAGCGACAGCAACGGGUCACAAUUCGAAUUGAACCCGACAUCUUUCCCAGGUCUCAUGAACACUGUGUUGAGAACAAAUUACGGCGCCAAUGUUAAUGCUUCCCCUCCGAAACCCUCGGAGUCAACUAAAAGCACGCAGGAGAACACUAAGAUGGAUAUCAACAAUGAACUUUGUAGUGAAAAUGGUAAUGAAUUGGAUGGAAUAGUUAGCAAUUCCAAGGAGAGGCAAGAAUCUCAAGGAGGGCUUGAAGUUAAGCUUAAAAAGGAAGACAAGGGGUUUGAUAGUCGGGUGAUGUUUAAAGAUUUAGGCGGGUUGAGUGGAGUAAUCAAUGAAGUGAUGGAGAUUAUUUACCCUCUGUUUCAUCCGGAGAUUUAUCCUUGGUUGGGAGUUCAGCCCAUGAAGGGCAUUUUGUUGCACGGGCCGCCUGGAUGUGGGAAAACCAAAUUGGCUCAUGCCAUAGCCAACGAGGCAGGUGUUCCCUUCUACAAAAUUUCGGCUACGGAAGUGGUCUCUGGAGUAUCAGGUGAAUCUGAAGAGAAUAUUCGUAAUUUGUUUUCAAAAGCAUUAAAAACAGCACCUGCAAUAAUAUUCAUAGAUGAGAUUGACGCUAUAAGUGCCAAAAGAGAAAAUUUGCAGAGGGAAAUGGAGCGUCGUAUUGUGGUACAACUUUUGACCUGCAUGGAUGAAUCACAUGAAACCAUGAUAUCUGCUGACCAAGAAUCUGAUGCAGAAACACCUAAAAAGAAGUCAGGCCAUGUUCUAGUGAUUGGGGCUACAAAUAGACCUGAUGCUCUAGAUCCUGCACUUCGAAGGCCUGGUCGCUUUGAUCGUGAGAUUGUUCUAGGUGUUCCAGAUGAAAAUUCAAGAGUAGAGAUCUUGUCAGUAAUUACAAGAGGAUUAAGACUAGAAGGUUCGUUUGAUUUCAAGAAAAUUGCAAAAUGCACACCUGGUUUUGUAGGUGCAGACUUGACAGCAUUAACCAGGGAAGCGGCAUCAGUUGCAAUAAAGAGAAUAAUAGCGAGCAGGAAUCCUCAAAAUCUCGUAAAAUGUGGGGAUAUAGAGGUUACUGAAUAUGCAUGGUGGAAAAAGGCGUGGACACAAGAUGAAAUGAACAAUCUUAGUAUUACAAUGGCAGAUUUUGAGGAAGCUGCAACCAAGGUGCAACCAUCAACUCGAAGGGAAGGAUUUUCUGCCAUCCCAAAUGUUAAAUGGGAUGAUGUGGGGGCUCUUAGUUCUCUGCGCAAGGAUUUUGAAAUGUAUGUUGUUAGGCGGAUCAAGCACCCAGAGGAAUAUGAGGCACUCGGAAUGGAUCUGGAUAAUGGAUUUUUGCUUUAUGGACCACCGGGUUGUGGUAAAACUUUGGUUGCAAAGGCUGUAGCCAAUGAAGCUGGGUCUAACUUUAUACACAUCAAGGGUCCAGAACUUCUAAACAAAUAUGUUGGAGAAAGUGAACUUGCAAUCCGGACAAUUUUUACUCGUGCACGUACUUGCUCCCCUUGCAUACUUUUCUUUGACGAGAUUGAUGCCUUGACUACCAAACGGGGGAAAGAUGGUGGCUGGGUUGUAGAGCGUUUGUUGAAUCAGCUUCUCAUAGAGAUGGAUGGAUCAGAAAAGCGCAAGGGUGUUUUUGUAAUUGGAGCAACAAAUCGUCCAGAAGUAAUGGAUCCAGCAGUUUUACGGCCAGGACGGUUUGGAAAGCUACUUUAUGUUCCGAUACCAGAUGCAGAGGGAAGAGUUUCAAUAUUGAAGACCCUUACUCGAAAGCGACCUCUUUCUGCAGAGGUUGACCUUAAUUACAUUGGUCAUAGUCAGUCUUGUGAGAACUUCAGUGGUGCUGAUCUUGCCGCUCUAGUUAAUGAAGCUUGCAUGUGUGCAUUGCAAGAGAAAAUUGCAGCAGCAGUGGAGGCUGAUUCAGAUGUUAGGAAGUAUGCUUUGGUGGUUAAUUUAUCACACUUUGAGCAAGCAUUCAAGAGAGUUGUGCCUUCAGUGUCUAAAGUGCAACGGCAUUAUUACGAACAAGUAUUUCAAAAGUUUAUGGGGCUGACUGGAAAACAAUAAUCACUAAAGCAAAUGUCCUACAGGCUUUGGAAAACAUGCCAAUCAAAUAUUUUGAAAGAUUUAUUUGUUUCAGUGGCUAAUAUAGUGGCUUCCUUUGACGAGAGCAAUUAAAGAUAUUUAUUCAUGGUCGCAGGCAUACCUUUUUGUCUCUGAACAGAUCCUGUUUGAGGUUUUGGAGCAUGAGGGGUUGUCAAAUUAUUUUCAAGGUGCUGCACAUAAUCUAGAGAAAUGAAAGCAAUCUUUGAAGAUUGUAUUCCUGAAUUUAUACGUUUGUAUCCCAUUGGUAAGUGAGAUAGAGGUGAUCUAUAUGUUCCUUUUAACUAUGCCUCAGAACAUAAAGUUCGUGUCGAAACUUCGGUUCCACAAGUCAGAAGUUAACUUGUAAAUAAUUAGAGGUAGAGAGACAGUUAGAUGGAACCCUAUGUUGAGGAUCCUGCAAAAUUUUGUGGUGUGCUUAUUUCAUUUUCUUUACUUUGAAUGGCAGCCAUUGCAGUUUCAGGGGUCUUUUGUAA